AUGGUCGGUUGCACGCCUUCGACCGCCGCCGUUGCGCGACGAAGGAGCAGCGUUAGGACACGCACGCGACGAAGAAGUUUCCCCGACGACGACAUCAAAACUCUUUCUUCUGUCGACACGAACGCGACCGCCACGGAAGAAGAAGAAGAAGAAGAAGACAAAGAAGAACACAGUUUGAACAACAAGACGUCGAGGCGAGCUUUUUUUGAAGCGUCCGUUGUAUCGUCCUCAGCUUUGGCCUUCGUGCUCUCGUCGACGACGUCUUUGUUCACUUUCCCUCCCUCAGCCUUUGCGAUUGGCUUUCAGAAAGAGUUGAAGCCGAAACGCGCGUCGCUGAGCGAUUUGAAUUUACAAACGUCCAUACCGUUUCAGUUUCGGGGCGAGGAACAUGCGGGCGUUCAGUUUGGAGAUUCAAGAGUGGGAGACGGGAAAGAGAUAAAGUCCGGGUCUUUGGCGACCAUUCACUUUGACGUGAAAUUGAGAGGUUUGACCGUCCUCUCGACGAGGACGGCGAGAACGCUAGGCGGGAACAGGACGGUAUCGGAACCGAUGCAGUUCUCGUACGGGAAGUUGCCGACGGAGUACUCGAAGGCUUUGAAGAGGAAAACGGUAAACGGUAUCGGUGCAGAGGUGAGGAUUGAUCCGGAACUUGGGGAGUUGUAUGUGGUGAAAGUGUCGCCGGACGGGCCGGCGGCGAAGGCUGGAUUUAAAGCGAACGACGUGAUUUUAGAGAUUGAUGGGACGAAAGAUUUGGCGAACUUACCAAUUCAAGAAAUUGGAGCGUUGUUGUUGGGACCAGUGGAGACUACCGUGGACGUGACGGUACAAAAAGGUGGUUCGCGCGCGGGACCGAACUCGCCGGUGGAAAAGUACACGUUAACGAGAGAAGCGACGAUGAUCGUGCCUAAAAAACAAACCGCGAACGCAAACGUCGAAGGCGGUGGGGGGUUAUUUAAUGGCGAGACUGGACCGGCGAUACCGCCGGUGGUGUACGUUCCGGGUGCUUUAGAAGGUAUGAAAGUUGGCGGUCGCAGAAUUAUCAAAACGCCGGCGGAUUUAGGCUACGCCGACCAAGGCGAAGGCGAGAUUCCUCCCGGGAGCGAGAUUAUCGUCGAGGUCGAGUUAUUAGACGUGAAAGAUGCCGCGUGA